AUGCCUUUCCACGACCUUAACGUGGUGUACACUCCUAACCAUGUAGACCUCUCUCAUACCCUCGCGUUCCACGCUGAACUGGGUUAUUCAGUGGUUGCCAUUGCUCUCUCCGUCACAGGCAAACUUCCACCUACACCUCAGCCCAUCCCUCUAUCGUCCAUCACCAUCCCAGCAAGUGUCGGCACCGUCCUCACACGACUGACACUGACAAUCUCUGACGCCACGCAAAACCACCGCCUCGCUCAGUUCUCGCCGGCAUACUCCUUGCUAGCCCUGCGCCCGACAACAGAGAAGACGCUCCAACUCUGCUGUGCGUCCCUCGAUUGCGAUCUGAUCUCCCUCGACUUCUCUCAACGACUCACCUUCCCCCUCAAGUUCAAAACCGUCUCCGGAGCACUACAGCGAGGGAUCCGUUUUGAGAUAUGCUAUUCGCCUUCUAUUCAAUCGGCAGGCAAUAAUGAGGCGAGGAGAAACUUGAUCAGUGGCGCAACUGCGUUGAUUCGCGCAACGAGGGGCAAGGGGAUAAUCUUGAGCAGCGAAGCCAAAAAUGCCUUGGGAGUAAGGGGCCCUCACGAUGUGGUUAAUCUGGCAAUGAUUUGGGGGCUGGGACAAGAGAGGGGAAAAGAAGCAUUGUGCGAAGAAGCCGCGAAGAUCGUGAGGCUAGCGGGUAUCAAAAGAACAAGUUUUCGAGGUGUAAUCGAUUUCGUGGACGGAGGCGCAAGUUCUUCUCUUGCAGGCAAGACUGGAGUGGAAAGAAAGGAGCAUAGUACUCGACACGAAGCAAUCCAAAACCAAAUGGCCAAAGGAAAGAAAGAGGAAACGGUACCCAACGGAUUGAAACGCAAAGCUUCCGAAUCACUCCUACCGACUUCCGCGGACCAGGACACACAGCCUACAGCAGAGAAGCCACUUUCGAAGCGCGAGAUGAAGAGGAGAGCGAAAAAGACUCGAAUGGAAAGUGGUGAUGGUAGUAAAGCAGGGCCCGACGACGCAGAUAUGGUCUGCGCCCAGGAUACCACUGCGUCAAAUUUUCCUAUCAAACACGAGACACUUGCCGAUAAGAAAGUGCCUCUCAAAAGCUAG